AAUCAGCUUAUAAUUCUUCCACCCUUUCGACAAUAUAUUGCUCAGGAACUAUGGUUUUGCACACAGUAUCAGCCUUUCUUGGCAAAUCAAGCUGGAUAAUCCAUAACAGUUUCCCACAGAAAUACUGACCAUGAAACCAAUACUCCAUUCUUCUAGCAACAACAAAAGCAGAAGUUUUUGCAUGCAUUUGUUUGGCCUUGCUCUUGUUUUGCUAUUGCUAACCCUCGUCACUCCCGUCAGUUCAUGCACCGAGCAUGAACAGAGUUCUCUCCUCCAUUUCCUCGCUGGGCUUUCACAGGACAGCAGCCUCACCAUGUCAUGGAGGAACAACACCGACUGUUGCACCUGGGAUGGGAUCAUCUGCAGCAUGGACGGCGCAGUAACUGAGCUACUGCUGUCCUCAAGAGGUCUUGAAGGGCAGAUCUCACCAUCCCUAGGAGAGCUCACCAGCUUGUCGCGCCUCAACCUGUCGUACAACUCACUCUCCGGUGGUCUUCCAGUGGAGCUGAUGUCCUCUAGCAGCAUCAUUGUCCUUGAUGUCUGCUUCAACCGCCUUGGCGGAGAAGUACAAGAAUUGAAUUCAUCAGUAUGUGACUGGCCACUGCAGGUACUGAACAUCUCAAGCAACCGAUUUACAGGAGACUUUCCAUCCACCACAUGGGAAAAAAUGAGGAACCUGGUCGUCAUCAAUGCCAGCAACAAUAGUUUUACUGGGUACAUACCUUCCUCUUUCUGCAUCAGCUCGCCAUCCUUCACUGUGCUUGACCUUUCCUACAAUCGGUUCAGUGGCAACAUCCCCCCUGGGAUAGGUAAUUGCUCUGCCCUUAAAAUGUUCAAGGCUGGGUACAACAACAUCAGCGGGACCCUGCCAGAUGAACUCUUCGAUGCUAUCUCAUUGGAGUACCUCUCUUUUCCUAACAAUGGAUUGCAGGGAAGAAUUGAUGGCACACACCUAAUCAAACUGAAAAAUCUGGCUACUCUUGAUCUUCGAUGGAACCAGCUCACUGGCAAGAUUCCAGAUUCUAUCAACCAGCUCAAGCAACUGGAGGAGUUACAUCUAUGUAGCAACAUGAUGUCUGGAGAGUUGCCAGGGAAACUGAGCAGCUGCACAAAUCUGAAGGUCAUAGACCUAAAACACAAUAACUUCUAUGGAGAUCUUGGCAAGGUUGAUUUUUCCGCCCUACAUAAUCUAAGAACUUUAGAUCUUUACUUAAACAACUUCACCGGCACAAUUCCAGUAAGCAUCUACUCAUGCAGAAAUUUGAAAGCACUACGGUUAUCCGCUAACCAUCUCCAUGGUGAGUUAUCAUCGGGAAUAAUCAAUCUGAAGUAUCUUUCCUUCUUGUCACUUGCUAACAACAAUUUUACAAACAUCACAAAUGCACUUCAGGUCCUUAAAAGUUGCAGGACCAUGACCACCCUUCUUAUUGGGCGCAACUUUAGAGGAGAGAUCAUGCCACAGGAUGAAAACAUAGAUGGUUUUGGGAAUCUUCAAGUUCUCGACAUAAGCGGCUGCUUAUUGUCUGGGAAUAUACCUCAAUGGAUAUCCAGGCUCAAGAAUCUGGAAAUGUUAAUAUUAAGUGCCAACCGACUCACUGGACCAAUACCAGGUGAAAUUUCCCCGAUAAUUGGUCAGUUGGAAGUGCAUGUGCUUGAUUUCAGCUUCAACAACUUAUCCGGGAAGAUCCCACAAUCAAUCUGCAACCUCACAAACCUGCAGGUUCUACACUUGUCCAAUAACCAUCUCACAGAUGCAAUCCCUCCUGGACUAAGCAAUCUGCACUUCCUCUCAGCAUUCAAUGUUUCUAACAAUGACCUAGAAGGGCCUAUCCCAACUGGAGGCCAGUUUGAUACAUUUCCAGACUUUAGCUUCAGAGGGAACCCAAAGAUAUGUAGCCCUAUUGUUGCGCGCCGUUGCAAUUCCACAGAAGAAGCUCUGACCUCCCCUAUCUCCACAAAGCAGUACAUCGACAAGACUGUCUUUGUGAUUGCAUUUGGUGUGUCCUUUGGAGUAGGUGUGGUAUAUGAUCAGAUAGUUGUAUCCAGAUUUUUACAAAGCUUGCGAUUGCGUUUGGUGUGUCCUUUGGAGUAGGUGUGGUGUAUGAUUAGAUAGCUGUAUCCAGAUUUUUUUUUUUGUGGCUAAAUCAGUUACAGUAUUAUCAAUUCAAUCAAAACGCGCGCUGGAUUGCAGAUAUGAACAAUGGGUCAUAGAGCAGAGCAAGCAAUCAACAUCUGUGACUUCUUAAUUGCUAGUAAUUUGCUAUAGACAUCUCUAAAACUGUGUAGUGACCUCAAGUAUUCUCACUACAGCAAGGCCUACUCAGUGGCUCCACAGUCUCCAGCCCCCAGCAAGAUGAACACCCCAAAGGAAAACCUGAUUGGCCAGCUCGUGAUCUGCCAACGAGAUUCAGUUAAUGCAGUGUAUGCUCCAAAAAGUAGAAAAUUGGGAAGAAACUGAAGUGGAUUGGAAGUAAACUGAAAUCUGUUAGUAAAUCGAAUGCGUAAAUAGUAUUAUACUACGUGAUGCGGGAUUUCUUCCUAGCCGCGGGGGCUCAGAUCAAGGGCUAACCUCGUGGGUUUCGCUGCUCGUGGGAAACAUCGCUGCGGUCGCCGCCCCGCGGAGACGGCGGCGACGAUGGGGGACGGCGCGGCGGCGGCGAGCG